AUGUGCCCUGAUUUCUGGGAACUUAGAGUCGAUGCACACUUCAAUCUCAUGCAGGUGAAUGCAGAAGUGUGUGGCCCCCUUGACCCUAAGGGCAGUGUCAACUGGGCCACAGAUGCAGGCCUGGUGGGCCUGGUGGGCUGUUUUUAUGCCCACCUUCACCUCCUGGAUGUUGUGACUGGCAUCCCUGAAGCUCUGUUUCUUUUUCAUGCUGGUGACUUGUGUGGGUCUUAUUCCCUCGCUAAGUCACCCAUGCCCUUCUUCACAUUACAGAACGUUCUCCUGGGAAGACUUGUGAUCUUUGCCACCUUUGUGACCUUAUGCAAUGCAUCAUGCUAUUUAAUACUGAAUGACAUAGUUCCAGGAGAGUCAACCAAGGAAUGCACGGAUCUCAACGGAAAUAAUCACCCAAUAAACUCGAGGUGGCGGACUGACAACUGUGAGAGAUGUGGUUGUGGCGAAAAACGAAUUUCAUGUUGCUCUCUUGUUGCUACACCUGUGGGUUAUGACAUGCACAAGUGCCAGAAAAUCUUCAACAAAGAGGACUGCAAGUUAAUUGUGGUGGAGAAGAAGGACCCAAAUAAGACCUGUGAUGUCAGUGGAUGGAUAUUGUAAUGUGCGUCUUGUAGGCACAGGGCUCCCAGGCCAGGCCUCGUUCUCUGGCCUCUAAAAGUCUAUGAUGGUGUAGCCCUGCCUAUCAGUAAAAGAUUUUUGAGCAAACAUUU